AUUCCAUACAACAGUAUUUUAAACAUGGCUAGUCAAGAAGUUUUAGUUUUAAGAGGAACCUUAGAAGGUCACAACGGCUGGGUCACCUCCCUUGCCACCACCGCCGCUCACCCAGACUUGUUGUUGUCUGGUUCCAGAGACAAGACUUUGAUCACCUGGAAAUUGACCGGAGGUGAAGACUCUCAAUACGGUGUGCCAAAGAAGUCUUUCAAGGGACACUCUCACAUUGUCCAAGAUGUCACCAUUUCUGCUGAUGGUGCUUAUGCUUUGUCUGGUUCAUGGGACAAGACCUUGAGAUUGUGGGAUUUGGAAACCGGUGAAUGUACCAAGAGAUUUGUUGGACACACUGGAGACGUUUUGUCUGUGUCUAUUGCUCAGAACUUGAGACAAAUUGUUUCUGCUUCCAGAGACAAGACCGUCAAGGUCUGGAACACCAUUGGUGAAUGUAUGCAAACCUUGACCGGUCACGGUGACUGGGUUUCUGCUGUCAGAUUCUCUCCAAAGGAAAACGAUGUGUCUACUGUCAUUUCUGCUUCUUGGGAUAAGACUAUUAAGUCCUGGGAUUUGUCUGAGUACAAAUUGAACGCCGACUUCAUUGGCCACACCGGAUACAUCUCCUGUAUCACCAUCUCCCCAGAUGGAUCUUUGUGUGCUUCUGCUGGUAAGGACGGUGCCAUCAUCUUGUGGGAUUUGAACGUCCACAAGUCUUUGUACACCUUGAACGCCGGUAGCGAAGUCCAUGCUUUGGCCUUCUCUCCUUCCAGAUACUGGGUGGCUGCUGCCACCUCCACUGGUAUCAAGAUCUUCAACUUGCAAGAAAGAUCUUUGUUGGAUGAAUUGAAGCCUGAAUUUGCCAUUGGUGCUAAGGCCAAGGACCCAGAACCAAUCUCUUUGACCUGGUCCGCCGAUGGUCAAACCUUGUUUGCCGGUUACACCGACAGCUUGAUCAGAGUUUGGCAAGUCAUGACCUCUUCUGCUUAGAGGGUGUGUAUAAUUAAUCGAUUAUAUCUGUACAUUUA